GAACCAUCCGUAUACAACGUACACGAACCACCAGCCAACAUGGAAACCAGGGAACCAGACUGCAACCGCUACCGUGUAACGUCGUCCUACAAUAUCCGCUACAUCUCUCGCCUCCAGCCUAAUUACUUCCCGCUACGAUAGCUAUAGCGGUCUAUCGCAAGAAAGAUAGCCUCUUUCAUUUUAUUUCUUAUACCCUAGUUUAAUUAGUUUCCCGAUAAUACCCGCUAUCUCACCUCUCCACCGACCGGGGAGCGCGCCGCUCUUGUCUCUGUGGACCGCUUUGAAUUCGAUUCGAAUUAUUUGAUAUUUUAGAUUCGGAACCCAGAAUCAAACCACCGCUUGGGUCUGCCCUGCAGCGUAUCGUGGCCUUGACAAAAUUUAACUCCAACCAUAACGUCAUCUGGGUCUACGCGAAAUUUUGCCGAUAAAUCAAAACAGUGAUCGUACGAUUUUCGUGUUCGGGAUCACCGACUUCACGCACUACAAACACAAAAUAUAGUUUAGUCUAGCAUUGAACGGCAAUGACUGGUCAGUAGAAUUAUUUAUCUCAAGUAUCACGUGAUUUCUCCAGACACAUGUACGAAUUAGGAACAACCUUUGAACCAUCAAUUAGAUAUUUCUGUUCGACAAAUAACUCAAGAGUUAUAGCAGCAUAGAUAAGUUCGAUAUACGGGGUGUCCCAAAAUUCGCGCCAAGUAUCUAAGUACGUAGCGUUGAUCCACGUGAAAAAUAUGGAAGUCGAGGUAAAAAAUAUCCCAAGUCUGACGAGUAAAAAGUAACAGGAUGCCAAAUUUCCGCCAAUCGGUGUAACGGUUACAGUCAACGGUGCGGACCUAGGACAUUUCUCACCUCGACUUCCAGAUUCUGGUUUUUCUCAAGGAUCAACGCUACGUACGUACCUACUUGGCGCAAAUUCUGAGACACCCUGUACGUGUGGUUACACGUACGUUCAAUAGUAUGCCUACCAACGAAUGGCUUGUGAGAGAUUAUUAACAUACGCUUGUCAAAAGAAUCGCGAGGGACGAUACUGUACAUACCACACAAGGCAAAAGAUCCUUGAAACGUAAUAUCAUUACACCGGCAAGUGAAUGAUCUGCGAUGUGUUCUUUUGUAAUGGCUGCUAUUAUUUCGCCAAUUAUUCGCGAUGAAUGUACAAAAGUGACCGAUAGAUGAAGUAACUGUUAUCUUCUCAAUGAAAACCAUCCAGACAGAUUAAAAUUAUUAUUUCGUGGCCUUCGGCGUUAGCAGGUCGUUGAUGUAUACCGUACGUUUCACUCGACGUAUAUAUGCUGCGUCAGUUGAUAUUUAUCAAUUAUGUGAUCCAGCAUGACACGGCGAAUCGGAUCAAUCGAGUAUAUAUUCCGCUUGAGAACACUAGGUCGCUUUGUCCGACUUCACACCGAAGUUCAUAAUCUUCGGCAGUGAGAUCUCUCCGACCAUGAAAAGUUUAUUUAAAGUUAACACCGUUAUUGCGCUUCUGUGCAUUUUCAGUGAUGUUGCGAAAGCGGCGCGAAUACUCGCGGUGUUUCCCACCCCUUCGAUAAGUCAUCAGGUUGUCUACCGUGAAUUAACGGUUGAGCUAUCGAAGAGGGGUCAUGAAUUCGUAAUAUUCACAACCGAUCCGAUCAACGACCCUAGUCUCAAGAAUUACAAAGAGAUCGACAUGCACCAUACGUACUCGUUGAUGCCGGACUUCGUUAAAACCAGUGAAACUACUUUCAUAACCGAUUGGUGGGGCACCGCGGAGUCGAUAUUGGAGCAAUUUUUCUCACAUCCGGAGAUGCAGCGAAUAAUAGCCCCGAAUAACACCGAACACUUCGAUCUGAUAAUGCUGGAAUACAUGUCUUGGGAGGCGACUUGUGCGCUACACGAUCGUCUCAAAGCUCCGAUUAUCGGCAUUAUAUCUCUGCAACUGUUUCAAUGGGGACAUUACGGAAUAGGAAACCCAACCGCUCUGGCUUAUUCUCCGACGGUCUUGGAUUCGUUCGACUACGACGUGACAAGUUUCUGGCAUAGAUUGCGUCUUCUUUACGAACACUCCGUCCAGGCUUUUGGGCAUCGGUUUGACAACAUGCCACGUCAAGAAAGACUCGUUAAAAAAUACUUCGGAGAAAACGUUCGAGAUCUUCAAGAACUGAACGCUGAACUGAGCUUAGUGAUAUCCAACACUAACCCAAUACUUGGCUACCCAAGACCCAAUUUACCUAUAAUCAUCGAAGUAGGAGGUAUUCAUUUGAAAAUUAAGAUGAAGGGUUUCGAGAAGAACGUGAAGAAAUUCUUGGACAGCGCCGUCGAAGGGUUCGUCUACUUCAGCUUGGGAUCGAACGUUAAGAGCAAACAUCUACCCGAACACAAAUUGAAGACUCUGAUGUCCGUCUUCGCCAGUUUACCUUACAAAGUUUUGUGGAAAUUUGAACUGGAUACGCUUCCGGGCAAACCGGACAACGUUUUCAUAUCGAAAUGGCUCCCUCAACACGACGUUCUUGCCCAUCCCAAUAUAAAGGUGUUCGUUUAUCAGGGUGGAUUGCAGAGCACGGAAGAAGCUAUCACCUUGGGCGUCCCUUUGGUAGGAGUUCCAGUAUUCGGAGACCAGAUAUUCAAUGUGGUAAAAUUAGUUUCCGUUCGAAUUGCUAAAAUGGUGCAUUUCAACUCGUUGCCCGGAGAGGAACUCAGGAAGGCCAUUGUCGAGGUCGCCUCGGACCCAAGUUGGAAAGAGAGAGUAAUCAAAUUCAGAGAACUGCUGACUGAUCAGCCGGACACGCCAUUGGAUCGAGCCGUGUGGUGGACGGAGUACGUCAUCCGGCACAAGGGAGCUUAUCAUUUGCGCCCUAAGGCACGUUUUCUGUCGUGGUAUCAGCGAGAAUUUCUCGAUGUGAUGGCCUUCGUUAUCGCGAUAGUAUUAUUGGUCGUUUAUUUGACGGUGAAAAUUGUCAGAAGGCUUCUAGCGUAUAUUUGUAGGAAAGUGUGCGCGAAAGUAAAAACAAAUUGAUGAAAUAUUUGGUGUAAUCCUCGGUUUGAUCCGCAUUUUUGUAAAAAAAAAAAAACCUCUUUUUUACGCAAUUCGAUCGAUGAUUUUUCCGGCGGGUUAGAAGGGGGUCGAAGCUUUCGGUGGUUAAAUUCCGAAUGGGUAAAGGGAAAUGCGGUGGCCAUCGGCAGAUCGAGCAAAUGCUCAGGCUUCGAAUCGACGGAACAAAUUAGUCAGGUAAUUGUCAGAGCGCCUUCGAUGAUGUUCGUCGAUUCGAUAUUUGAAAAUUAUUACUAUCGUUAGCUAAAGUAUUCCACGAUGGUUACACCUGCACGAUCGAAUUAACGCGGUAGUCGGUACAAUCGGCGUUUGCUUUUCGCGACCAACGGGCUGUACACAAAUAGGCUUUAUGCAUUCGGCAAUUAUUUGUCGGGGAAUUUUCCUUCAUUCCACAUCGCAAUGGUAUUCGAUACGAAUAUUAUUCAAUAUGCAUCGAGCGCACGUUUGAUUGCGCUCGACAAUAAUUGACGUUUGUCCGUCCUCUGUCUGCCCGUAUGCGCGUGUUCGUCGGAAUAAGCGAGCCCUUGCUGUGGCGUGGCGGUUGCCGUGUGAAAUAAAUCAUAUAACGCACGGGGAACCGCGGAGCUCGACGUCGACGUAUAAUUGUUAACGCCCGCCAGAUUCGCUUUUAUACAUUACUCCGUAUAAUAUAAUAUACAUAUACGCCGAAUUCAUCGAUAAUUAUUGUUCAGUGAUCUCAUCGUGUACGGCUAAUCAGCAGGAUGCCAUUUUGUACGUACCGAUUCUCCCCACUUCGGUAUACGUUACAGCGCAACCCUCUUCUCGUCGAAAUAAAAUUUUCCGCCCAAGGAUUCGCGAAAAAGUUACUCGCAAGAACUUUGUAAGCGAAACCACCGUGACACCGGUACCUAAGCAAGGGAUGCAAGAAUCCUGGGACAAAAGGGAGCCGAAGAGGUGCACGGGGGUCGGAAACUGGAGGAAAGCGAGUGCCUUUUAGGAGCUUAGAGAUUACACUUGGAGCGAACGAGCGACCUGCAGCCUCGGAGACGUGAGACGCGUGCGGCGGAAACUGCACUCGCUGUUUCCCACGAAGGAUCUGCUCAACUCAACUUAUAAUACGACCGGGGUUUGAGGGCAUCCAGCCAGUCAGUCCCUUCCACCGUCUAUUCUGCCUCGAUUCGUAUCACGUGGAAGAGGAACACCCUUCGAAACUGAAUGCCUCGGCAGCUCUUCGUCUUCGAAAACUGUACGAGCUACUAGCCACAUGCUCGGUUCCGUUGUAUCGUCACCAGCUGAGAGACCUCUAUAAUUUACGCCCUGCUCUGGAUUGCUGUCGUUUAUUAGGAUUGAAUAAACAUGACGGGAUAACAUCGCGCGCCAACGAA